AGAAUUCUUAGGCUGGUACCCUGGGUUGAGGCAGCUUAGAACUGUCAACACAUCCAUCACAGCAUCUCCAUGGCAACCACUGGCCUGGGAGAGGAUGGGAGGAGCUGGUGGUUCUGGGGCACCAGGGCAGGCAGGAAGAACCUCUGAGAGGAAGGGGUGACACUCCCCCCAACACACACGCACACUUGGGAGGGGCCCCCAGCCGCCGCUGUGAGGAGGAAGUGGGAGGAGGAGGUGAGGUGCCGCUGGAGCUGGGCCCCAGCACUGGGGACCUGGGGAGGGGCCCCUCCCGCUGUCUGUCCUCCAGUCUUUGCAGCCUGUGGCCUUGGGGGUGCUGGGCUCGCCAUGGCCCGAGCCCUUGGAGAGGAGCUGGGGCAGCCUUCCGAGGUGCAAGACGACUCGAGCUCCUUGGGGUCUGACUCGGAGCUGAGCGGACCCGGCCCAUACCGCCAGGCUGACCGCUAUGGCUUCAUCGGGGGCAGCUCAGCAGAGGCAGGGACAGACCACCCCCCAGCAGAGCUGAUCCGGCAGCGGGAGAUGCAGUGGGUGGAGAUGACCUUGCACUGGGAGAAAACCAUGUCCCGGCGCUAUAAGAAGGUGAAGCUGCAGUGUCGUAAGGGCAUCCCAUCGGCCCUACGGGCCCGCUGCUGGCCCCUGCUGUGCGGGGCCCACGUGUGUCAGAGGGAGCAACCCGGCACCUACCAGAAGCUGGUGGAGGCCCCCGGCGACCCACAGUGGAUGGAGACCAUUGGCAGGGACCUGCACCGCCAGUUCCCCUUGCACGAGAUGUUUGUGUCACCCCAGGGGCACGGGCAGCAGGGGCUCCUGCAGGUGCUCAAGGCCUACACCCUGUACCGGCCUGACCUGGGCUACUGCCAGGCCCAGGGCCCCGUGGCCGCUGUGCUACUCAUGCACUUGCCCCCGGAGGAGGCCUUCUGGUGCCUGGUACAGAUAUGUGAGGUCUACCUCCCUGGCUACUACGGGCCCCAAAUGGAGGCCGUGCACCUGGAUGCUGAGGUGUUCACAGCCCUGCUGCGCCGGCUGCUUCCACGUGUGUACAAGCACCUGCAGCAGGUGGGCGUCGGACCCCUGCUCUACCUGCCCGAGUGGUUCCUGUGUGUCUUCGCUCGCUCCCUGCCUUUCCCCACCGUGCUGCGCGUCUGGGAUGCCUUUCUCAGUGAGGGUGCCAAGGUCCUGUUCCGAGUGGGGCUAACACUGGUGCGCCUGGCGCUGGGCACAGCAGAGCAGCGCACUGCCUGCCCUGGGCUCCUGGAGACACUUGGUGCCCUCAGAGCCAUCCCGCCUUCGCAGCUGCAGGAGGAGGGCUUCAUGGCACAGGUGCAUGGUGUGGCCCUGUCUGAGCGGGACCUGCAGCGGGAGACGCGGGUCCAGCUGGCCCAGCUGGCCGAGGCAGCACCGGGACCGCCCCCCAGGCCACGUCUCCCUGGGGCCCGAGCCAUCUUCGAGGCCCAGCAGCUGGCAGGUGCACAAGGAGGCUCCCAGCCUGAGGUGCCCCGCAUUGUGGUACAGCCCCCUGAGGAGCCUACGCCCAACCGGCGCAAACCCCAGACGCGGGGUAAGACUUUCCACGGGCUCCUGAUGCGGGCCCGGGGCCCGCCCAUCGAAGGCCCGCCUAGGGCCCACCGUGGCUCCACCUCCUUCCUGGACACCCGCUUCUGAGGGUGCCACGGACCCCAUCCUCCCCACCCACCCAGGGCCAAGCUGAUGCCAGCCGCCGCAAACGGGGACCCUGGUCAAGGUGUUUCUCUCGGGUGGGAAC